AUGACAUCAGCAUUAAAAACAAGUGAAGAUCCAGUUAGUGAACGGAAAAAACUUUAUAUGUCGGAACGACAAAUUCCACAAUUAUUUGAAGCACUUAUGGCUGCUAUAAUGAAUAAUGAACCUGAUGAUCAUUAUGAUUUUAUUAUUGAAAGUUUAACAAAAAUGAAACAACAGAAAUUACCACUUCGAUGGGAUACUUUUAUACAAAUGCAUGAUAAUAAUAAAUAA